AUGGCAUUCGGAAUUCAAGCGGGAUUGUCUCUCUAUGCCGAACUGUUGCCAAACAUCCGCCAAAUCAUGCUUCACGUGUCCUUGGCUGAUUCCUUGUUUUCAUCUGAGAGCUCCGGUAUCCCAGGAAUUCCCGUUGACCCUCUUGAUAACAAAUUUUCUCUUACUCUCCAGCCCUCACGCCGCUCAGUUUGCCUCUCUGGUCCCUGGGGAGAACGAACCUUUGACCUACCCGCACGUGUUUCGGUAUCCGCAUACACAACUCUUGCUACAAGACCUAUUCGUAUAUAUUGGGGUGUAGUUAAACACAAUGAACAUAAUGAACUCACCUAUAGACUCCAAGUUGACGAGACCAGCCCUUCAGUCGGGCCCCGGUUACCAGAUGGCGGGGCAAGCUUUGUGAAUAAUGGGUUGCAAGUUCCGUGGACUUCAAAGGACAUGAAUUCUGAAAGCCGCAUUCGGUGUCGACAGUGCAAAAAUAUUCUUUUUAAUCCUUCAGAGAAGGGGGGGAUUAUAUGGAAAGACUUACCUAGUUCUGAUUGGGCAGAGAUGAUGGAUUUAUGGCAUUGCCACAAACCUGAUGCGCAUGAAGACGGUCAUGGUGAUGCUACCAAUUACACCGGACCUCAUGUCAACGAUGAGAACGAAACUAUAAAAGGGUAUGGUGCCGCCAAUCAGAUUGUCUGCGCACCUGGGACAGUAUUGAUUGACAUUUUGUCUUUUGUGAUGGCAGAGGAUGAUUGCCAGGGAUUGGAGAAGUCGAAACCGUCACUUUCUUCUUCUUCUGCUUACGAUACGUAUAACGGAGAUCAGCAGUCUGCAUCCAAAACUCACCCCGUUGUUAGUCUGUCAUGCUCCUGGUGCGGUGCCAUAGUUGGAGAGGAAGACACUUCUUUUCCAAGCUUGAGACUAUACAAGACGAACGUCUCCGUUUUACAGAAACCCAAGGAUGAAAUCAGUUCCGAUGAUGACCUGUGGGAGUCUUACCCGGUGGACAUGAUCGUUGGAACGCAGCUGCUAGAGCUAGUUGAGAGAAUUGGUGCUAGGAGAUUUGCUGUCCACAGCACAGAUUAUAAAUUACCAGACAGCCAGGGCUCCAGGAGCGGAUUGUUGCUUUGGUUGUUCAAUCCGGACUUGCGAUACUCCAGCUUGUCAUCCGGUUCUGGUGCUGAUGGCGAUGUAUCUACUACUACAGCGCAACGGGCCGUGAAGGUGUUCUACAAGGAAGUCGCAGACAUUCAAUCAAUGCUCGAUCCAGCGCAGGGCACCCCGUCGCCGACUGCAGUGGAAGAAGUUAGCCUUCCAGCCAACGUUUAUGACGUCAUGAAACAGGCGCUGGAGAGAAGCAGUGAAACUUUACCCAUGUCUGGUCGUCAAUUUGGUGAAUGGAGUCUUCGGUGCUUUAAUUUUGGCAUACAAGUUACAUGUAUUCUGGAUAUGAAUAUUGAUCAUGAUGAUUAUGGGUCCAACAUCGAGUGGAUUCGUGUGGAAGGCGUUGAUGAAGAGAUGCCCGACGCUGCUAGUCCUAACAACGGCAGCGGGGACGGUCCUUUUAGUGGCGAUGGUAAUGGUCACUCCAACUGCGACUGCCACAUAGUCGACGCCACCGACGACUCUAAGAAUCCUCAACUGGAUAGCGGGUAUGGCGCGAAUCGCGACUAG